AGUGGAACGGAUUAAGAAUGAAAGUGUUUGCAAAAUACUAAAACUUUAUGACCGGCAGCAGAUUAAGAAUGAAUUGUUUUUUAUUAUGCCACCCGAGUGGGCAUAAGUCAAAAAUGUGUAGGUAAGACACAGGUAGUCGUUGUCGAUGGUCAAGGAUCCCAAAAAAGUCGGGCUCGGGAGGGGUCAGGUAAACAAACAGGCAGCAGGAUAGGGUUCCUCUAGGUGCAUAUAAACUAUUGUGGGUGGUGGAAGAGUCAUCAAUCGUUCAACAAACGUUGUACAAGCAACAUCGGAAUACAUUUUUUUGCAACUGCAAAUUAUUCAAAAUAUUAAAAAAACAUUAGCUGAAAAAAUCUGCAACACUAAGUGCACUGCAAAAAAAGUUAAAGGAAAUCCGCAACACACUUUGUAUUUUGAAGAUAAAAAUCUACAUAAAUCGAGCAAAAAUGCCCCGUUACCAGAAACUGAUCAACGAAGAAGUCAGCUCGCCAGCAGAAACUAUUGCCCAGCAACAGCAGCAACAUCGCUAUCAGCAGCAGCAACACAAGACGCCGAGCGUGGGCUAUCACCUAUAUUUGUACCGCCAGCAACUGGCACAGAAGAACGUGGAGUACAUGAGGUUGUCCAAGGCCAAGUACUUCAUCACCGACACUCUCCUGGCCAAGACGGUGCGGAAUUUGAAAGGCUGCAGCGUCGACGAACUGAAGACUGUUAAUCACCAGAUUGUAUUCCGGCACAAGCUUCGUCAUCAAAUCCAAAGACUUCGCAAGCUGAGAAGUCUGGGAAUCAAGAAUGCCAAUCCCAAAAUGGAGAGCACGGAACUGUGAGAAGGAGCAUCCUGAUCAGGAUCAGCUAAAGGAAGAGGUUUCUCAAGCUAUGAUCUAAGCAUAGUUAAAAGGAUAAUCCUCUGUGGGAUAAUCAAUUUGUAAAUCUCUUCCUAAUUUUAAUCUCGUCAAAUUAUUCAAAAUUUUAAAAAUAAUUUCUAAUCAUUACUUUAAG